UCUGAUUUUGACUCAUUUAAACAGACAAAUAAUGAAAUCUGAUUAAGCAUCAUUACAGCUCGUGACGGACUGAGCGUUGACUUAUGCCCAUCAUAGCUGCAUAUGUGGCGUCUGAAUGUAAUUUUAGUUUCCAUGUGACAUUUGCAAAGAGCCACAUAUUAAUGCAGGUCUUGGUCAUGCUGUGGGAUGGGACGCUUGUUAACAGGACAGCGCGGCAGGCCCGUCGCCUGGCAGAGCAGUCUGAAGAGGAGUCGCGUUUUUCUCGGGGCCUAUACUUCCGUCAUUUUAUAUCUCACUGGAUAAACACUGUGGACCCGAUUCUGCAUGUGUGGCGGUGUGGCGCAGGCUGUGGUAAUACUACUGGUGAUUCUGCUGGAUAAAUCAAUCUGCUUGGGAAACUUGUUUUGUACGGACAGCAGCCUGGAUCUCACCCUGAAACAAGCAGACGUCAGAGACCUCGCCUGCUUGCUGCCGUCGCUGCUGCUUAAUUUUAUCUAAUCGAAGCAUUGUUUGCGGGAUUACACCGCUGCCACAUGCACUAUGUAGCGAAGUGAAUGGCAUGCUGCUGGUAGCUGUUAGACGUUUAUCGGCUUUUUAGUUUUAAACACCGUGCCUUGGCGGAAAGGAGAGGAUUUCGUUUUAUUUAAGGUCAAAGUGACGAUGAAUGAGCAGGAGAGUGGGGUUGUUUCCUUCGAUGAAUAUGUGCGGCAGAAGGCGCGCACUGUGCCUCAACACAGGAUGAAGGAGUUCCUGGAGUGUCUUGCCAAGGGCCCAGAGGUGCUGCAGGAGUUCAGCCAGCAGGAAGGGGCAGCCACCACCACAGCCAUGGUGUACCAGCAGCAGGGUACCAACUGUGUCUACACAGACAGCACAGAGGUGGCUGGGUCGCUUUUAGAGCUGGCUUGCCCGGUACAGGUGACCUCGGCAGAUAUUUCACCUCAUCUGUCUGUGCACCAAGGGUCUGAGCAGCAGCUUCAAGUGCAGGUUCAGAUCCAGGAACAGCAGGGCCAGACAGUCGGCCAGGUUCUUCAGGUGGCCUCUCCCUCUCAGCAGGACCUGCAGGGAAUCUCCACAGCCCAGCUUGUCCAGCAGGGAGAGCUCACAGAGGAGCAGCAACAGCAGAUUCAGGCACAGUUGGUUGCAGCUGUGGCCGGAGGACAACAAAUCCACUUACAAGGAGCGCAGCAUAUUCAGCUGCCAGGGGGUCAGCAAAUUCAACUUCAGGCUGGCCAACAGAUUCAACUACAGGGCGGCCAACAGAUUCAACUACAGGGCGGCCAACAGAUUCAACUACAGGGCGGCCAACAGAUUCAACUACAGGGCGGCCAACAAAUUCAACUACAAGGUGGACAACAAAUUCAACUACAAGGUGGCCAGCAGAUCCAGAUUCAGACCAUAGAGGCCAUGUCUCCUUCCCAGCAACAGGACUCUCCCAGGGAGGCAGAGAGGAGGUCCGGCACUGUCUCAACUGUUCUCCAACCUGCCAAGAAGCGUAAAGUGGAUGUCCCUCUAGCUGUUUCCUAUGCGGUUCCACAGGGUCAGCAGGUGGCUACAGUUCUGGCCAUCCCUCAAGGGCAGCAGCAAAGCUACGUGUCCCUACGACCAGAUCUGCUCACUGUUGACAGCGCUCAACUGUACAGUACAACAGGAACAAUCACAGGUCCCACAGGUGAGACCUGGACCAUCCCUGUGUACUCCGCUCCUCAACAGCAGGGUGUAACUCACAUUGCUAUACCACAGGAGACAUACAGCACAGUGCAAGUUACCACCACCAACGGUAAGGACAAAAUGUCCCCCAGUUCCUCAUCAAGGUCUGCAGAUGGGCAGUUGGCCUCCACUGGAACACAGGAAGAAAUAGUACAGACCCUGUUCCCAGCACAGUUCAUGAACGGGAACAUUCACAUCCCUGUGGCAGUGCAGACUGUAGGAGGGACUUACAACACUACACAGUCGGUACACAUAUGGGACCCAAGUCAACAGCAGAGCCAAGGAGAAGAGGGACAAGAACAGCAGCUCCAUCUGCAGGGUCAACUACAGGCAGAGUCUCAUGCUGAACCACCCACUGAGAUUCUGGUUCCUGUCUGUCUGAAGCCAGAGGAGGGCUUGGAGGUCUGGCGCCUUUGGGUGAAGCGAAAAAACACAGAGCUAAGCAAGCAGGAAAAGACAAAGCUUGCACCCAUAGGACGUCGUCAACCCCUGCGUUUUCAAGAAGACUUGGUGUCCAGUGCGGUGGCUGAGUUAAACUUGGGUCUUUCCCUAAUGACACAGGAAGCUCGUGGAACAGAGGAAGAACAAUUUGCGCCCGAUGUUCUGUAUUACGUCUUCUUGUGUAUACAAAAGUAUCUCUCUGAAAAUGGACGCGUGGAUGAUAUUUUCUCUGAUCCAUAUUACACACGUUUCUGUGGGUCUUUACACAACAUCCUGGAUGGUUGGAAACCAAGUGUCCAUCCGUUAGGUUACAUUAUUCCAAGUCAUGUGACAGAGGAGAUGCUGUGGGAGUGUAAACAGCUUGGUGCACAUUCACCAGCCACACUGCUCACAACUCUAAUGUACUUCAAUACUAAGCAUUUCCGCCUGAUAACAGCUGAACAGCACAUGAAAGUAGCUUUCUCCAAGGUCCUAAGACACACGAGGAAGAACCCCACUAAUGCCAAGGACAAAGCAACCAGUAUCCGCCUUCUCAAAGGACAAGGUCCACACAGUGCCACGCAGAAAGGAACUGAUGACAUGUACGAAGAGCAGAUCGAGGAUCCAGAGAAUCCUCUUCGUUGUCCCAUUAAACUUUAUGACUUUUACCUCUUCAAGUGUCCUCAAAGCGUUAAAGGACGCAACGACGCAUACUACAUGACCCCAGAACCCGUCGUUGCACCCAACAGCCCGAUGUGGUACUCAUCUCAACCCCUCACGAUGCAGCAAGUGGAGCACAUGCUAGCUCGCAUUAUCGUGGUCCGAGAGAUCCAUGAGAUCAUUGGUGCUGGUCCAGAGAACAUGAGUUAAACUGAGAGGACUGACUGGAGUGAUGGGAACUAGUUCUCCAGUCACUGAUUGUUGACUAUGCAGUACCUGUCCCGACUCUAUAAACAUCACUGACCAUCUCAAAUAAAAUGGAUCAACUUCUGAAACAAUCAUUAUUUUCUUCUGAGGAGUGUAUCAUGAAAUCACUCACAAGAAUUUCUCUUCUUACAUUUUCUGUUUUCAGCAAUCACGUCUAGAACCUUUUUAACUGGCAAUUUAAACGAGGCUUUAGUCUCACCACCGCUGGAUCAUGAUCAAUCUCUUGGGCUGCUGCUCUCUGAGCUGAGCAGAGGUGGUGCAGUGUUCUCAAUACAUGAAGAUCUUUGACCCUUCACUUCGUAACCUUACAGACCGUUAACCACGUCUUGCUUCUCCUCAAAGUCCCACUAUGAUGCAUUACAUCUUAAUGGACAGUUGCCGGGACCACCGCUCAUGACUUUUUUUGGAUACUGACUGCAUUUUGGAUCAUAUGUAUUGAUAUGUUCAAACCUGAAGAACUUGUGCCUGUUUUUUUUUUUUCUUUUUUCAAAAAGUACAUCAUAAUUUAUGCUUGUGGAUCUUUGAGUGAGUCGAACCUCCGAUAUUCGCAAGGUCAAGUGCUAUAUUAUAGUCAUGCAGGUGGUUGGAAACAUUUUUCUCAGGUCUAAGCUAUCGAUUCAAACACCCGUCAAGGAUUUUUGCCAACUUAUUCCUGUAUGUAUGUAUAGUAGGUUAUUAAACAGGAUAUGCAGAUGGAAUCAUCUUUGUUUAGCUAAUGCAGUAUUAAUCCUUGUAUCAAGAGUCAUGUCAAGCAGUUCAAUAAUGAAAAGUAUUUAGCGCUGUGAGUGUCUUGAAAUGCAACUCUGUUGACAUUUGAAAUAAGGAUUAACUGUGGGCCUUUUAAAAAUGACUUCUUGCACCAACAGCAUCCAUAGCCUAGUGGUACCUCCAGGGAAAUUACAUGUAAAUGUGGAUUAACUAGAUUGACAAAAGGUUUUAAUACAGUUCUGCUUAAUUUGUUUAUUACUAAAAACGAGUUGUAUAGUACUGUA